AGAGCCAGGUUUCCCAAUAAUCGAAUAUUGCGCGAGGCUUGGUGAUGAAGUAAUAUUAACAUGGCGGCCAACAGUGGAGAUGUUAUUUUCAGAGUCGGUGAGGCUGACGCGUCAGACAUCUGGGAUGAUACUGCGCUAAUAGAGGCAUACGAUCGAGCAAUAAAUGCCAUCAAGAAUGGAGGAAAGAGUAGUGGCACAAAAGGAAAGAAUGGUGGUAAGAACAGGAAACAUCAGUUGUCAAAGAAAAAGGACAAGAAGAAACCAACAGAGCAGUGGCAUGUUGGUGAUAAAUGCCGGGCUGUUUACUCUGAAGAUGAAAAGAUUUAUGAUGCAGUGAUAAUUUCGCUUAAUGGCAGUUCCAGUACUUGUGUUGUGAGGUUUUGUGGCUAUGGCAAUGAAGAAGAACAAACCUUGGAUGAUCUUUUACUGCCAUCAAAGAAAGACUUUAAGUCUCCCAAACAAAGUGGACCUCAGUCUGGCUGGCUGGCAUCUCCAGAACAAAAUAGUUGUGAUAAUGAAAUGGACUGGAGUACUGGGGACCAAUCACCCAUCAGAUGGCAAGUUAGUGACUUAUGCCUUGCUCCUGAACAACCUAGUCAGCAUCUUCAUGAAGCAGUUAUCAACUCUUUUCCAACAUCAUACACCUGCAAGGUCACUUUCCUGAGAUCCAGGCAAAGACAAGAUGUUGACAUAUCAACACUGAAGCCUUCACAUUCAUCACGCCAAGUGCGCCUCAACCGUCACAAUCAUCGUAGUCAUCAUCACCCUUACACAGCUGACCAAAGAUACCCUGUGUCAGGAGCUCCAUUUACCAGUUAUCCAUUUCAGUCCAGCCAUCAGUCUCCUAUGAAUUUUUGUGCACCAUUUCCUCCUCCUCCUCCCAUACCACCUGUUCUCCUUCCUCAUCACUGGCCAGACACCACAGGAUUACAACCCUCAGCACCUACAAAAAACUCUUUCCCAUGUGCACCUAUGCCUCCUCCCCCAGCUCCAGUAAACAGUAGUGAUGUUUCUCAUGAUAAUGAUGCAUUAGCAAGUAUGUUAAUGGCCUGGUACUUGAGUGGCUACCACACAGGUUAUUAUCAGGCAAUGCAGAAUCUGCGUCACAGCUCUAACCCAGGAUCUGAGGAGCCUCAAGUGUCCACAAGUGAUGUUUGUGAUACAGAUACUAGCAAACAGACUUCCGUUGAAAUGCAAAUCAAUGGCCCAACACAGCUGAUGUGACACAUUGUUAAAUUCUCUCAUUUGCUUACUUCUCAGAAUUUACAUUUGCAAUAAAAAAUUAUAAUGAACUCCA